AUGAGCGGGCUCCUAUACAAGGCAUUGCUGAAAAAAGUGAGUGACCCUUAUAACGAAAUAAUUCCACCCGAUGAACUAAAGUUCUGGCAGCGCAAGGGAGCUAAAAGAAGAAAGAAUAUUCCAUCGCAGUACACGCCCCGUGACCGCAAGACCCUGAAGUCGGUCAGAGAUAGAGCAUAUCACCUGGACCAGUGCUUCAGCGUGGCAGGCAUCAGAUUUGGAUACAGCGCAAUCAUAGGGUUCAUACCAAUGAUUGGCGAUUUGGUCAAUGUGGUUUUCUCGCUGGCUCUCAUUCGCAAAGCAAAAGAAAUCGAGGGCGGGUUGCCAGACAUGGUAGCAAUCAAAAUGGCAGCCAACGUCUUGAUAGACUUUUUGAUAGGUCUGAUUCCAUUUGUCGGUGACUUUAUCAACAUCGCUUACAAAGCGAACACCAGGAACUUUCAAUUGCUCGACGAGCAUCUGGUGAAGAAAUACAGUAUUGCCCUGAGCCAGGUACCCGAGCACCGAUGA